AUGGCAAAACCUGCAGACUCCUAUUGUCUCCUCUCUUGUCUCUUUGUCUUGUUUGUGAGUUGCACAUCAGCAGCCAAAAAUGAUCAAGACAAACAGGUGUAUAUAGUAUACAUGGGAGCACUUCCUGCUCGUGUUGACUACAUGCCAAUGUCCCAUCACACUAGUAUUCUUCAAGAAGUCACCGGAGCGAGUUCAAUCGAAAGUCGAUUGGUUAGGAAUUAUAAAAGAAGUUUCAACGGAUUUGCAGCCUGGCUAACCGAAUCUGAAAGACAGAUACUAGCAAAAAUGGAAAACGUGGUAUCCGUGUUCCCUAGCAAAAUACUGAAACUCCAAACGACGGCGUCGUGGGAUUUCGUGGGUCUCAAGAAAGGCAAAAGGGCAAAGCGAAACCCUAGCAUCGAGAGCGAUACGAUCAUUGGUGUCAUAGACAGUGGAGUCGACCCUUUAUCCGACAGCUUCAGUGACAAAGGCUUUGGCCCUCCUCCUAAGAAAUGGAAAGGAGUUUGCCAAGGGACCAAACACUUCUCUUGCAACAACAAGGUCAUUGGAGCUAGGAACUACACACCCAAAACGAAGGGGGUUCCUCACUCAGCGAUAGACAACAUGGGACAUGGGUCGCACACCGCUUCUACGGCAGCUGGAAACGCUGUUAAUGAUGUGAGCUUCUAUGGACUCGCCAAUGGAACCGCGAGAGGUGGCGUUCCAGGUGCAAGAAUCGCGGUUUACAAAGUAUGUGAUAUUGUUCUCAAAGGGUGCAAUACUGACGGAAUUCUGUCCGCAUUUGAUGAUGCGAUUGGGGACAACGUGGACCUUAUCACCAUCUCCGUCGGUGACCAAAAUGGUUUACCAUUCGAGGUGGAUACCAUCGCAAUUGGGGCUUUCCAUGCCAUGGCCAAGGGAAUCCUUACAGUGAAUUCCGCUGGAAACAAUGGUCCAGAUCCUAGUACGGUCACCAGCGUUGCACCGUGGAUAUUCACCGUCGGUGCAAGUAACACGAACCGCGCUUUCGUCACCAAAGUUGUUCUCGGAGACGGCAAGACAGUUGUCGGAAGAUCCGUAAACACGUUUGAUCUUAAGGGAACUAAGUACCCCAUAGUAUACGGUAGAUCAGCAUCGAGUCAUUGCGAUGCUGCUUCCGCUGAGUUCUGCUCAGCAGGAUGUUUAGACAGGAAACUUGUUAGCGGGAAGAUUGUGAUGUGCGAUUCCGGUCGAAAUGUUGAAGAGGCUAAAUAUAUGGGAGCCGUCGCAUCCAUUGUUAGGAGCAGCGCAGCAGACACUGCCGAUGUCUUCUCUUUCCCAGUCUCUGUUCUAUCGGGACACGCCUAUGACGUUGUCCUCUCGUAUAUGAACUCCACAAAAAACCCCAUAGCUGCUGUUUUGAAAAGCGAGACAGUCUUUAACCAGAAAGCUCCUGUCGUCGCUUCCUAUUCUUCUCGAGGCCCUAACCCAAUCGUUCCUGAUAUUUUGAAGCCGGAUAUAACCGCGCCGGGAUCAGAGAUCAUCGCUGCUUAUUCCCCUACUAUUCCACCAAGUAUUGCAGACACAAGACAUCUGAAGUACUCUAUUCUUAGUGGAACUUCAAUGUCUUGUCCACACGUUGCUGGUGUUGCCGCCUACGUCAAAACAUUUCACCCUCGCUGGUCUCCGUCCAUGAUCCAAUCCGCCAUCAUGACUACCGCUUGGCAAAUGAAUGCGUCUACUUGGAUGCCUGAUGAGUUUGCAUACGGAGCUGGCCAUGUCAAUCCGUUAGCAGCAAUUCAUCCUGGACUGGUCUAUGAAGCUAAUAAAGCAGACCACAUCGCUUUUCUCUGCGGCUUGAACUACAGUGGAAAGAACUUAAGACUUAUCUCCGGUGAAAACAACAGUUGCACCAAAGCACAGUCAAAAUCUUUACCCCGAAACCUAAACUAUCCUUCCAUGACUGCUCAAGUCCCGGCGAAAAAACCAUUCAAAGUGACUUUCCGUCGGACAGUCACUAACGUUGGAACGUCUAGCACUACCUACAAAGCAAAGGUAGUGGGAUCUAAGCUCAACGUCGAGGUCAUUCCCAAUGUCUUUUCUUUUAAGUCGAUGCGCGAGAAGAAGUCUUUCACGGUGACAGUUUCAGGCCAAGGUCUCGGAGAUGAAAAACCUGUUGUGUCUUCACAAUUGAUCUGGUCUGAUGGAGUACACUUUGUGAGAAGCCCCAUCGUUGUUUACGCUGCAAACUGAUGAGUCUAGAGUCAA